AUCUGGAACUCUCAGCAGGUUAUGCGGCGAUGGCCGUCCACUACCUGCACCUGACAACAGUUCUUUUAAUAUUCUAACGUCCUGAACAUAGUAGCCUAUAAUGAGAUAUUCGCUCCAGCCAGAAAGUGAAUUUGCAGAGAAAUCGUUGAUGAGGUCCUACCCUGUUGGCAUCCCAUUCCCGAGUUUCACUAGCAAUGAGUGGAAUUAUCGUCGACCCCACUGCCGAAUCUGCCUCAACUCAAGAAAUAACAACAGACGUCUCAGAGCGAAUGCUAGACUUAGAUGAGGAUGAUGACUUGGAAGUUUUCAGCAAGGAUGCAACAUUGGCUGAUGGGAGUCUUUUCAAUGCCUCCAUGCCCACCUCUCCUGCCUCCAUGAUCAAUCAAUUCGAAGAGGAUGCAGAUGAAAAAGACAUUUUUGUCACCGUGGAUAAUCCAGAGAGUCAUGUGACGGCCAUAGAGACCUUCAUCACAUACAGGGUCUUAACCAAGACAACACGGAGCGAGUUUGAUUCGUGCGAGUACGAGGUCCGAAGACGCUAUCAGGAUUUCCACUGGCUUAAGGGCAGAUUGGAGGAGGCCCACCCCACACUCAUCGUUCACCCACUCCCAGAGAAGUUUGUGAUGAAAGGCAUGGUGGAGAGGUUCAAUGAGGACUUCAUUGAGACCCGCAGGAAGGCUCUGCACAGGUUUCUCAACAGGAUUGCGGAUCACCCCAUUCUGUCCUGCAGUGAGGACUUCAAGAUUUUCCUCACCGCAGAAGCCUCGGAGCUCACCACGCACAAGAAGCAGGGUCCCGGCUUUCUGAGUAGGAUGGGGGACACGGUGAGGGCUGUAGCUGCCACCGUCAGGGGAGUCAAAAACCGCCCGGAGGAGUUCACCGCCAUCCAGGAGUACGUGGACACUUUCAGUCAAAAGAUCAACUCGCUGGACAAAGUCGCCCUGAGGAUCCUCAAAGAACAGAAGGAGUACCUGGAGGAUCUGAAGGAGUGCGAGCCCAUGUACACGCUGUGGUCCGGGUCCGAGGACGAGCUGGCGGAACCCCUCAGGGGCAUGGCCGGCUGCAUUGAUAGGUGCUGCCGCGAGACUGGGGAGCAGGUCAACCAGCUGUCUGAAAACCUGGUGCCAGCCUUGCACGAAUAUGUCCUCUGCGCCGAGACCCUGAAGGCAGUGCUGAGAAGAAGAGACAAUAUUCAGGCAGAUGUGGAGGCAAAAAGCGAAACACUGGCCAAUAAGAUGACAGAGAGAGAAUCUGACUCUAAGGAUCUAGUUUUUGUAUUGGGGAGCUUCCUUGGGAAAAACCCAGAAGAAGCCAAGCAGCAGAAGCAGGAGAGACUUGAUGUGGAAAUCGAAGAGCUUAAAGAAGAAAUCGAUAAGUUGGAAGACAAAAUGGAGUUUGCCAACAACGCCUUGAAAGGGGACUGGGAGAGGUGGCAGAAGAACAUGAGGGAAGACAUCAAGGCUGCCUUCAUGUGCACUGCUGAGAAGAACAUUGAUUAUUAUGAGAAGUGCCUGGCAGUGUGGGAGUCCUUCCUCUUGUCCCAGAGAUCUGACCUCACUGUGGAGAGCAGCGGGGAGCAAGACCCGGCCCCGCAGGAAAUCGCCGAAGACGAGGCUCCACAGGCCACCUGAAAACAUUCCCCGCUGCCCCGCCCGUAUCACUCCCCCCCCCCCCCCCCCCCCCCCACGCCCCCAUUCAUUUUUUUCCAUUAUAAUAUCUCUGAUAAUAUUGCCUUUGCCAAGACUUCUCUGCAUAUCUCUGCCUCGGGGUAUAGGAGUGACUCACUACAUUAAAGCAGGAUGCAGUUAAUUUACCAGAAUGGGCCUUGAAGAAUGUCUGCAUUCUGUUUUUUUGCUAAUUAUAAUGAAAUGCAUUAACAUAGUCCUGCUUUACAGUCCCUGACAAUGGGGCAAUGUGCCAUCUGUUUGUUUUUAGCAGAUACACCUGCUUUUCUUUAUCAAUGAUGGCAUCAGCCAGUAAAUUGCCUUUUUAACGCAUGCCUUUUCAUUGUCCACUCAAAUCUGUCCUGACUUUAAAAAAAAAGGGCAGUGACUUUAUAGCAAUGGUGGCAUGAACAUUUUUACCACCCGAUGAAUUGUCAACAUUUUAUGCUCUUUGAAUUUGUUCAUCGUGCCUCUUGCAUCUUAUAUCUAAAAUGGAACGAGCUGAAUUGCUUUAAGUUCUAAUAUUUUUCAGCCUGUAGCUUAUCGCUAUACAAACAUAUUAAUAAAAACUGAUUAAGAAGGUGUCGGGCUACACAGCUGAGAAUGGCUGUAUCUGCGCUCCAAAAACAACACUGAACCUCCUGCACAUAUGGUGUGGUUUAUUGGCAUUAUCCCUGUAACAAGCACUGGGAGCUCUACUUGUUGCCAUGUAAUUGGAGGUUUUUGUGCUGAUGGGGUAUUGCUUUAAAGAACAGACGUUUCCUUGGACACAGCUGUCUGCUAUACAGGUUAAAUAACCUACCUCUGACUCUAAUUUCUUUAACAAAUUUCAGCUUCCUGUUCUGAGCAACUGAGUUAGCCAGGUAUCAAAACUGUGGUGUUCAUUAUGGUAUGUGGGUUUAUUAGGAGCAAGUGGCCAUUUAAAUCUGAGUGCCAAGGAAGUGGUCAUGAACCAAACCAUGCUAAUGUACCAACUGUCUUGAAGAUUCAAAAACAAAUCUGAAACUUGACUAGUUUAAUAUACUUGAUUCAGUUUCUGAUUAAUCAGACACAGGGUUUGUGACAUGGCUAGGUGUGUGUUUUUAGUUUUAUUUUAGUUAUUUUAUACAAUGAAAGGUACAGGUGGUUUGUGUUUAAAUGACUAGUUAGACAUAGUAUGUAUGGCAAUGAAUGCACAAUUCCAAAAACAAAAAAGCCUUAUAUUUCCACAAUUUAAGAUAUAGACAGCUGACAUAUGUUUAUGUGCUUUUUUGUAAAUAUAUCCUAAAGUACAAGGGUGAAGUUUUGCCAUGAAGUGUCAAGUUUUUUUUUGUGUUUUUUUUUAACAAAUGCACAUUCAAAGGAUCUUAUUUUGUUUUUUAUUAAAUGGGUAUUUUAGCCAUAAAAAAUAAUUAUUAGCAUUAAGUUCAUUUUGUGGCAUUUUGCUAAGGCUGUAUACAAACAUUGCUUUCUCAAGGGAUUUGUCAUAGCUAUAUUGAUGAAAGAACCAACAGUCAGAUCGAACAGCAUGUUAUAUCGUAAAGUAGGUUACCCACUUGGCUUAAUCGCAUUAAAUAUUUAACAGCUCGCUUUAAAUAACAUAGAGCUUUGAAAAGGCCUUCAUCUGCAAUGUAUUUAAUAACAACUAUACAUGUGAAAUGUGUUCUCUCUGAUUACUCUGUAACAAACCUGUCAUUUCUCUUAUUGUUUCAGAUCCUGAUAGCACAAUGUAUCAUCGUAUAUAUUUCCGCUAUUGUGUUGUUAUACCGGAUUGUUUCUAUAAAUUACAUUUGAAAAAUAGUACUGAGCUUCGGUCAUGUCAGUUUUUCCUUUUUUUUUUAAUUCUUAGUAAAUCCCGUUUUGUUGGGGUUUUUUUUUCCUGUCCAGUGGUAUUCAUACUGAUGUAUACUUAAAAAUAAUCUUAAUGGUGUUCUCUGACAAAGUCUAAUCUCACCCUUGUAAAGAAUGAAGAAUGUGUUUCAGAGGAGAACCACUUUGGCAAUAGCAUUCUCUUUGGUUAUUGGGGAAAUGCAGAAUUAGCCUAUUAUUUAAACUGAAAAAGUAAUAAACUACGAGUACAUAAUGUGUGUAGUGUAUCUAACGAUCUACUGCAUACGUAUGUUAGGGGCUGUUGGGUGGUGAAUCUAGGCAAAUUGCAAAUAGGUUCUCAGUGUAGAGAUGCACCAUACUGUCUGGUAUGGAAUCCUGAGCGUGAGAGUGACAGCCCUGCUGGACAGUAUACAGGAAGUCAGCGUGACAUUCAGCAGGGUUCUCCCCAAAACAGAAUCAGCUGGCUGCAGUCUGUCUGUACUACAGUACAUGUGUAUGUAGUACAAUCCUCUGGCACACUGACUGCACAGUCUGACUAGAUGCACUUUGCAUGCAUUGGUCUGCACUGUUCUCAAUUGACAGAGGGUGUUGCAGUGAUGGGAUGGACCUCAAAUAGUGUCGGGCACUGCAAAUUUGAAGAAUGCAACAUUGGGGGAUAAAACCAUGAUGAAGUAAAUUGUAUUCAUAUUUUUGUCUGAUACCUGAGGAGAUGAGUUCAUCAAUAGCACACAUGAAUUGGUUCACUGUCAUGUGCCCUGCCUAGCUCUUGACACCCAUCUCUGAAAACAGAAUAUUGUCAAACAUAAUAUUAAACCAGAAGUCUGGGUUUGUCAACAGCAGUUAGCACAUAUUUAAGGACUGUCAGCAGAUGCCAAAAGGCCUCUCUUGCCAAGGCUGUUUUUAUACGCUGCACUUUUAUAUUUGCUCGGUGGUACAUCUGCCUGUCAUUAAAUUGAAAAAACCAUGGAACGCACAUCAUGUCUGCUAUGUGACACUUAAUUUCUGUCUUGACACCUCUCACGCACCUGUUCUUCAGAUUAAACAUCUGGGCUUGGUGCAACAGUCCCUAAAUACUGUGCCUAUGGACAGCCACUUCUGAAUAGAAAAAUGCUUGUUUGAGGAAAGUGAGAAGUUAAAACCCAGUAAACCUGGAGUGUGCGGAUGAAGCAUCUGUCUUUGUCCCCACAUCCCUUUUCAGUAUGGCUAAUCUCAUAUGUACACAGGUACUGCAGAAGCAGAAAAUUAAUGCCUACCCCCAUAAUAGAGUAUUGGCCUCAGCUUGUUCUGAAUUUGUAGUUAUUCUCCAUUUAUGUAGCACAAGAAGUAUUCAAAUAAAAAGUUUUAAGCA